AUGGCACAAACACAAGUUAAAGUCGGUGAUAAAAUUCCUGAAUAUUUGUAUUUUGGUUUAUUAGACAAUAAUGAAGAUGAACCUAAAAAAAUGACUUCAGGUGAAGUCUUUAAGGGAAAGAAAGUUGUAUUGUUUGGGAUUCCCGGAGCGUUCACUUCCGUAUGUAGUUCUAAACAUCUUCCACAAUUCGUUGAUAAUUAUGAUAAAUUUAAAGCUAAAGGCAUAGAUACUAUCGCUUGCACUGCUGUUAACGAUCCCUACGUAUUGCGUGAAUGGGCUAACGCUCAUAAAGUUGGAUCUAAAGUUUUAAUGCUUGGCGAUGGUGAAAUGUCAUUUCACAGUGCAUUAGGUCUUACACAACGUUUACCAUUCGCUGGUGAACGUGGUUUACGUUUUUCGAUGUUCGUCGAUGAUAGUGUUAUUAAAAUUUUAAACGUUGAAGACCCUGGUCCACUUAAUUAUAAAAUUUCAGGUCCGGAAAAUAUGUUGAAACUAUUGGAAGAGUCGGGAAAAAAGUGA